AUGGCCAUGGUGAGCGGGGGCUGGGGGAGUCCGAACGGCGAGACCACCGGGCUGGGGGAGAAGGCUUACCUGCGGAGGGGGGAGGAAGAGGACGGCUCUCCCCGGGCGGGCAGCAGUGAUGUGGACGUUGCGGAGGAGGACAGGUCGUGUGUGGUGGACUGCGUGGUCUGCGGGGACAAGUCCAGCGGGAAGCACUACGGCGUGUUCACCUGCGAGGGCUGCAAGAGCUUCUUCAAACGCAGCGUGAGGAGGAACCUGAGCUACUCCUGCAGAUCAAACCGAGAAUGCCAAAUAGACCAGCACCACCGCAACCAGUGCCAGUUCUGCCGCCUCAAGAAGUGCUUCAGAGUGGGCAUGCGCAAAGAAGCGGUGCAGCGAGGCCGGGUCCCCUCUGCACACUCUGGGGUCAGUCCUCUUGGGGCAGCGGUAGGGGCUCCGGGCGGGGGGCACAUGGGGCCCGACUUCUUCAACGGUCAGCCAGUGUCCGAGCUCAUCUCCCAGCUGCUGCGCGCAGAACCGUACCCCAGUGGCCGUUUCAGCGCCCCCUAUGGCCAGGCCCAGCUGCAGGGCUCCGGGGGGGGGUCCGUCAUGGGCAUCGACAGCAUCUGUGAGCUGGCUGCACGCCUCCUCUUCAGCACCAUCGAGUGGGCCAGGAACAUACCCUACUUCCCCGAGCUGCCGGUGUCCGAGCAGGUGGCGCUGCUGAGGCUGAGCUGGAGUGAGUUGUUCAUCCUCAAUGCGGCCCAGUCUGCGCUCCCCCUGCAUAUGGCGCCGCUGCUGGCUGCGGCGGGCUUCCACUCCUCGCCCAUGUCGGCCGAGCGCGUGGUCUCCUUCAUGGACCAGGUUCGGGUCUUUCAGGACCAGGUGGACAAGUUGAACCGGCUGCAGGUGGACACCGCCGAGUACAGCUGCCUGAAGGCCAUCGCCCUCUUCUCACCCGCAGACCUGCUCCAAAGAGACCCCAGACUCGCUCCAAAGAGACCCCAGACCUGCUCCAAAGAGACCCCAGACCUGCUCCAAAGAGACCCCAGACUCGCUCCAAAGAGACCCCAGACUCGCUCCAAAGAGACCCCAGACCUGCUCCAAAGAGACCUCAGACCUGCUCCAAAGAGACCCCAGACUCGCUCCAAAGAGACCCCAGACCCGCUCCAAAGAGACCUCAGACCUGCUCCAAAGAGACCCCAGACUCGCUCCAAAGAGACCCCAGACUCGCUCCAAAGAGACCCCAGACUCGCUCCAAAGAGACCCCAGACCCGCUCCAAAGAGACCCCAGACCUGCUCCAAAGAGACCCCAGACUCGCUCCAAAGAGACCCCAGACCCGCUCCAAAGAGACCCCAGACUCGCUCCAAAGAGACCUCAGACUCGCUCCAAAGAGACCCCAGACCUGCUCCAAAGAGACCCCAGACUCGCUCCAAAGAGACCCCAGACCCGCUCCAAAGAGACCCCAGACUCGCUCCAAAGAGACCCCAGACCUGCUCCAAAGAGACCCCAGACCCGCUCCAAAGAGACCCCAGACCUGCUCCAAAGAGACCCCAGACUCGCUCCAAAGAGACCCCAGACCCGCUCCAAAGAGACCCCAGACUCGCUCCAAAGAGACCUCAGACUCGCUCCAAAGAGACCCCAGACCUGCUCCAAAGAGACCCCAGACUCGCUCCAAAGAGACCCCAGACCUGCUCCAAAGAGACCCCAGACUCGCUCCAAAGAGACCCCAGACUCGCUCCAAAGAGACCCCAGACCCGCUCCAAAGAGACCCCAGACUCGCUCCAAAGAGACCCCAGACUCGCUCCAAAGAGACCCCAGACCUGCUCCAAAGAGACCCCAGACUCGCUCCAAAGAGACCCCAGACCUGCUCCAAAGAGACCCCAGACUCGCUCCAAAGAGACCCCAGACCCGCUCCAAAGAGACCCCAGACUCGCUCCAAAGAGACCCCAGACUCGCUCCAAAGAGACCCCAGACCUGCUCCAAAGAGACCCCAGACUCGCUCCAAAGAGACCCCAGACUCGCUCCAAAGAGACCCCAGACUCGCUCCAAAGAGACCCCAGACCUGCUCCAAAGAGACCCCAGACUCGCUCCAAAGAGACCCCAGACCUGCUCCAAAGAGACCCCAGACUCGCUCCAAAGAGACCCCAGACUCGCUCCAAAGAGACCCCAGACUCGCUCCAAAGAGACCCCAGACUCGCUCCAAAGAGACCCCAGACCUGCUCCAAAGAGACCCCAGACUCGCUCCAAAGAGACCCCAGACCUGCUCCAAAGAGACCCCAGACUCGCUCCAAAGAGACCCCAGACCGCUCCAAAGAGACCCCAGACUCGCUCCAAAGAGACCCCAGACUCGCUCCAAAGAGACCCCAGACUCGCUCCAAAGAGACCCCAGACUCGCUCCAAAGAGACCCCAGACUCGCUCCAAAGAGACCCCAGACUCGCUCCAAAGAGACCCCAGACUCGCUCCAAAGAGACCCCAGACUCGCUCCAAAGAGACCCCAGACUCGCUCCAAAGAGACCCCAGACUCGCUCCAAAGAGACCCCAGACUCGCUCCAAAGAGACCCCAGACUCGCUCCAAAGAGACCCCAGACUCGCUCCAAAGAGACCCCAGACUCGCUCCAAAGAGACCCCAGACUCGCUCCAAAGAGACCCCAGACUCGCUCCAAAGAGACCCCAGACUCGCUCCAAAGAGAGACCCCAGACUCGCUCCAAAGAGACCCCAGACUGCUCCAAAGAGACCCCAGACUCGCUCCAAAGAGACCCCAGACUCGCUCCAAAGAGACCCCAGACUCGCUCCAAAGAGACCCCAGACUCGCUCCAAAGAGACCCCAGACUCGCUCCAAAGAGACCCCAGACUCGCUCCAAAGAGACCCCAGACUCGCUCCAAAGAGACCCCAGACUCGCUCCAAAGAGACCCCAGACUCGCUCCAAAGAGACCCCAGACCUCGCUCCAAAGAGACCCCAGACUCGCUCCAAAGAGACCCCAGACUCGCUCCAAAGAGACCCCAGACUCGCUCCAAAGAGACCCCAGACUCGCUCCAAAGAGACCCCAGACUCGCUCCAAAGAGACCCCAGACUCGCUCCCAAAGAGACCCCAGACUCGCUCCAAAGAGACCCCAGACUCGCUCCAAAGAGACCCCAGACUCGCUCCAAAGAGACCCCAGACUCGCUCCAAAGAGACCCCAGACCCGCUCCAAAGAGACCCCAGACUCGCUCCAAAGAGACCCCAGACUCGCUCCAAAGAGACCCCAGACUCGCUCCAAAGAGACCCCAGACCCGCUCCAAAGAGACCCCAGACCUCGCUCCAAAGAGACCCCAGACUCGCUCCAAAGAGACCCCAGACUCGCUCCAAAGAGACCCCAGACUCGCUCCAAAGAGACCCCAGACUCGCUCCAAAGAGACCCCAGACCGCUCCAAAGAGACCCCAGACUCGCUCCAAAGAGACCCCAGACUCGCUCCAAAGAGACCCCAGACUCGCUCCAAAGAGACCCCAGACCUCGCUCCAAAGAGACCCCAGACCCGCUCCAAAGAGACCCCAGACUCGCUCCAAAGAGACCCCAGACUCGCUCCAAAGAGACCCCAGACUCGCUCCAAAGAGACCCCAGACUCGCUCCAAAGAGACCCCAGACUCGCUCCAAAGAGACCCCAGACUCGCUCCAAAGAGACCCCAGACCCUGCUCCAAAGAGACCCCAGACUCGCUCCAAAGAGACCCCAGACCCGCUCCAAAGAGACCCCAGACUCGCUCCAAAGAGACCCCAGACCCGCUCCAAAGAGACCCCAGACUCGCUCCAAAGAGACCCCAGACUCGCUCCAAAGAGACCCCAGACUCGCUCCAAAGAGACCCCAGACUCGCUCCAAAGAGACCCCAGACUCGCUCCAAAGAGACCCCAGACUCGCUCCAAAGAGACCCCAGACUCGCUCCAAAGAGACCCCAGACCCGCUCCAAAGAGACCCCAGACUCGCUCCAAAGAGACCCCAGACCCGCUCCAAAGAGACCCCAGACUCGCUCCAAAGAGACCCCAGACUCGCUCCAAAGAGACCCCAGACUCGCUCCAAAGAGACCCCAACCGCUCCAAAGAGACCCCAGACCCGCUCCAAAGAGACCCCAGACCCGCUCCAAAGAGACCCCAGACUCGCUCCAAAGAGACCCCAGACUCGCUCCAAAGAGACCCCAGACCUGCUCCAAAGAGACCCCAGACUCGCUCCAAAGAGACCCCAGACCUGCUCCAAAGAGACCCCAGACUCGCUCCAAAGAGACCCCAGACUCGCUCCAAAGAGACCUCAGACCCGCUCCAAAGAGACCCCAGACUCGCUCCAAAGAGACCCCAGACCUGCUCCAAAGAGACCCCAGACCCGCUCCAAAGAGACCUCAGACCCGCUCCAAAGAGACCCCAGACUCGCUCCAAAGAGACCCCAGACUCGCUCCAAAGAGACCCCAGACCUGCUCCAAAGAGACCCCAGACCUGCUCCAAAGAGACCCCAGACCCGCUCCAAAGAGACCCCAGACCCGCUCCAAAGAGACCCCAGACUCGCUCCAAAGAGACCCCAGACCUGCUCCAAAGAGACCCCAGACCCGCUCCAAAGAGACCCCAGACUCGCUCCAAAGAGACCUCAGACCCGCUCCAAAGAGACCCCAGACUCGCUCCAAAGAGACCUCAGACCCGCUCCAAAGAGACCCCAGACCUGCUCCAAAGAGACCCCAGACUCGCUCCAAAGAGACCCCAGACUCGCUCCAAAGAGACCCCAGACUCGCUCCAAAGAGACCCCAGACUCGCUCCAAAGAGACCCCAGACCCGCUCCAAAGAGACCCCAGACCCGCUCCAAAGAGACCCCAGACCCGCUCCAAAGAGACCCCAGACUCGCUCCAAAGAGACCCCAGACCUGCUCCAAAGAGACCCCAGACUCGCUCCAAAGAGACCCCAGACCUGCUCCAAAGAGACCCCAGACUCGCUCCAAAGAGACCCCAGACUCGCUCCAAAGAGACCCCAGACCCGCUCCAAAGAGACCCCAGACUCGCUCCAAAGAGACCCCAGACUCGCUCCAAAGAGACCCCAGACCUGCUCCAAAGAGACCCCAGACCUGCUCCAAAGAGACCCCAGACUCGCUCCAAAGAGACCCCAGACUCGCUCCAAAGAGACCCCAGACUCGCUUCAAAGAGACCCCAGACCCGCUCCAAAGAGACCCCAGACCCGCUCCAAAGAGACCCCAGACCUGCUCCAAAGAGACCCCAGACUCGCUCCAAAGAGACCCCAGACUCGCUCCAAAGAGACCCCAGACUCGCUCCAAAGAGACCCCAGACCUGCUCCAAAGAGACCCCAGACUCGCUCCAAAGAGACCCCAGACCUGCUCCAAAGAGACCCCAGACCCGCUCCAAAGAGACCCCAGACUCGCUCCAAAGAGACCCCAGACUCGCUCCAAAGAGACCCCAGACUCGCUCCAAAGAGACCCCAGACCGCUCCAAAGAGACCCCAGACUCGCUCCAAAGAGACCCCAGACCCGCUCCAAAGAGACCCCAGACCCGCUCCAAAGAGACCCCAGACCCGCUCCAAAGAGACCCCAGACCGCUCCAAAGAGACCCCAGACUCGCUCCAAAGAGACCCCAGACUCGCUCCAAAGAGACCCCAGACCGCUCCAAAGAGACCCCAGACCUGCUCCAAAGAGACCCCAGACCCGCUCCAAAGAGACCCCAGACCCGCUCCAAAGAGACCCCAGACCUGCUCCAAAGAGACCCCAGACUCGCUCCAAAGAGACCCCAGACUCGCUCCAAAGAGACCCCAGACCUCGCUCCAAAGAGACCCCAGACUCGCUCCAAAGAGACCCCAGACCUGCUCCAAAGAGACCCCAGACUCGCUCCAAAGAGACCCCAGACCUCGCUCCAAAGAGACCCCAGACUCGCUCCAAAGAGACCCCAGACCCGCUCCAAAGAGACCCCAGACUCGCUCCAAAGAGACCCCAGACUCGCUCCAAAGAGACCCCAGACUCGCUCCAAAGAGACCCCAGACUCGCUCCAAAGAGACCCCAGACCUGCUCCAAAGAGACCCCAGACUCGCUCCAAAGAGACCCCAGACUCGCUCCAAAGAGACCCCAGACUCGCUCCAAAGAGACCCAGACUCGCUCCAAAGAGACCCCAGACCUGCUCCAAAGAGACCCCAGACCUCGCUCCAAAGAGACCCCAGACUCGCUCCAAAGAGACCCCAGACUCGCUCCAAAGAGACCCCAGACUCGCUCCAAAGAGACCCCAGACUCGCUCCAAAGAGACCCCAGACUCGCUCCAAAGAGACCCCAGACCUGCUCCAAAGAGACCCCAGACUCGCUCCAAAGAGACCCCAGACCUGCUCCAAAGAGACCCCAGACUCGCUCCAAAGAGACCCCAGACCUGCUCCAAAGAGACCCCAGACUCGCUCCAAAGAGACCCCAGACUCGCUCCAAAGAGACCCCAGACUCGCUCCAAAGAGACCCCAGACUCGCUCCAAAGAGACCCCAGACUCGCUCCAAAGAGACCCCAGACUCGCUCCAAAGAGACCCCAGACUCGCUCCAAAGAGACCCCAGACUCGCUCCAAAGAGACCCCAGACUCGCUCCAAAGAGACCCCAGACCUGCUCCAAAGAGACCCCAGACUCGCUCCAAAGAGACCCCAGACUCGCUCCAAAGAGACCCCAGACUCGCUCCAAAGAGACCCCAGACUCGCUCCAAAGAGACCCCAGACUCGCUCCAAAGAGACCCCAGACCCGCUCCAAAGAGACCCCAGACUCGCUCCAAAGAGACCCCAGACUCGCUCCAAAGAGACCCCAGACUCGCUCCAAAGAGACCCCAGACUCGCUCCAAAGAGACCCCAGACCCGCUCCAAAGAGACCCCAGACUCGCUCCAAAGAGACCCCAGACCGCUCCAAAGAGACCCCAGACUCGCUCCAAAGAGACCCCAGACCUGCUCCAAAGAGACCCCAGACUCGCUCCAAAGAGACCCCAGACUCGCUCCAAAGAGACCCCAGACUCGCUCCAAAGAGACCCCAGACUCGCUCCAAAGAGACCCCAGACUCGCUCCAAAGAGACCCCAGACCCGCUCCAAAGAGACCCCAGACCCGCUCCAAAGAGACCCCAGACUCGCUCCAAAGAGACCCCAGACCCGCUCCAAAGAGACCCCAGACCUGCUCCAAAGAGACCCCAGACUCGCUCCAAAGAGACCCCAGACUCGCUCCAAAGAGACCCCAGACUCGCUCCAAAGAGACCCCAGACCCGCUCCAAAGAGACCCCAGACCCGCUCCAAAGAGACCCCAGACUCGCUCCAAAGAGACCCCAGACUCGCUCCAAAGAGACCCCAGACCUGCUCCAAAGAGACCCCAGACCUGCUCCAAAGAGACCCCAGACCCGCUCCAAAGAGACCCCAGACUCGCUCCAAAGAGACCCCAGACUCGCUCCAAAGAGACCCCAGACUCGCUCCAAAGAGACCCCAGACCUGCUCCAAAGAGACCCCAGACUCGCGCUCCAAAGAGACCCCAGACCCGCUCCAAAGAGACCCCAGACCUCGCUCCAAAGAGACCCCAGACCCGCUCGCUCCAAAGAGACCCCAGACCCGCUCCAAAGAGACCCCAGACCCGCUCUGCUCCAAAGAGACCCCAGACUCGCUCCAAAGAGACCCCAGACUCGCUCCAAAGAGACCCCAGACCCGCUCUGCUCCAAAGAGACCCCAGACUCGCUCCAAAGAGACCCCAGACCCGCUCCAAAGAGACCCCAGACUCGCUCCAAAGAGACCCCAGACCACCAGACCGCUCCAAAGAGACCCCAGACCGCUCCAAAGAGACCCCAGACUCGCUCCAAAGAGACCCCAGACCCGCUCCAAAGAGACCCCCCAGACCCGCUCCAAAGAGACCCCAGACGCUCCAAAGAGACCCCAGACUCGCUCCAAAGAGACCCCAGACCCGCUCCAAAGAGACCCCAGACUCGCUCCAAAGAGACCCCAGACUCGCUCCAAAGAGACCCCAGACCCGCUCCAAAGAGACCCCAGACUCGCUCCAAAGAGACCCCAGACCCGCUCCAAAGAGACCCCAGACCUGCUCUGCUCCAAAGAGACCCCAGACUCGCUCCAAAGAGACCCCAGACCCGCUCCAAAGAGACCCCAGACCCGCUCCAAAGAGACCCCAGACUCGCUCCAAAGAGACCCCAGACUCGCUCCAAAGAGACCCCAGACCUCGCUCCAAAGAGACCCCAGACCCGCUCUGCUCCAAAGAGACCCCAGACUCGCUCCAAAGAGACCCCAGACCCGCUCCAAAGAGACCCCAGACUCGCUCCAAAGAGACCCCAGACCCGCUCCAAAGAGACCCCAGACUCGCUCCAAAGAGACCCCAGACUCGCUCCAAAGAGACCCCAGACUCGCUCCAAAGAGACCCCAGACCCGCUCCAAAGAGACCCCAGACUCGCUCCAAAGAGACCUCAGACCCGCUCCAAAGAGACCCCAGACUCGCUCCAAAGAGACCCCAGACUCGCUCCAAAGAGACCCCAGACUCGCUCCAAAGAGACCCCAGACCCGCUCCAAAGAGACCCCAGACUCGCUCCAAAGAGACCCCAGACCUGCUCCAAAGAGACCCCAGACCCGCUCCAAAGAGACCCCAGACCCGCUCCAAAGAGACCCCAGACUCGCUCCAAAGAGACCCAGACUCGCUCCAAAGAGACCCCAGACUCGCUCCAAAGAGACCCCAGACCCGCUCCAAAGAGACCCCAGACCGCUCCAAAGAGACCCCAGACCUGCUCCAAAGAGACCCCAGACCCGCUCCAAAGAGACCCCAGACUCGCUCCAAAGAGACCCCAGACUCGCUCCAAAGAGACCCCAGACUCGCUCCAAAGAGACCCCAGACCUGCUCCAAAGAGACCCCAGACCUGCUCCAAAGAGACCCCAGACUCGCUCCAAAGAGACCCCAGACCUGCUCCAGAGACCCCAGACUCGCUCCAAAGAGACCCCAGACUCGCUCCAAAGAGACCCCAGACCCGCUCCAAAGAGACCCCAGACUCGCUCCAAAGAGACCCCAGACUCGCUCCAAAGAGACCCCAGACCCGCUCCAAAGAGACCCCAGACUCGCUCCAAAGAGACCCCAGACUCGCUCCAAAGAGACCCCAGACUCGCUCCAAAGAGACCCCAGACUCGCUCCAAAGAGACCCCAGACUCGCUCCAAAGAGACCUCAGACUCGCUCCAAAGACCUGAUUACGCAUGUGGCCUGACGGACCCUGCCCACGUGGAGUCGCUGCAGGAGAAGGCCCAGGUGGCUCUGACAGAGUACGAGCGCCAUCAGUACCCCAACCAGCCCCAGCGCUUCGGCCGCCUGCUGCUGCGCCUGCCUGCCCUGCGUGCCGUGCCCGCCAACCUCAUCUCCCAGCUCUUCUUCAUGAGGUUGGUCGGGAAGACGCCCAUCGAGACUCUGAUCCGGGACAUGCAGCUGUCAGGAAGCUCCAUCAGCUGGCCGUAUGUGCCGGGCCAGUGA